AUGGCGCCUGCAACGAGAGUCCUUGAUUUUUAUGGGCUACCCAGUCUGUUCGUGAUCGACUGCGAGCAAGAAAACCAUGGCGUGCGUAUCCUUGCGUCGCAGGGCCUAAAGGACCAGUGUGAAUGGGAUGAGUUAAGGAGGGAAAUAAUACAGCAGCUCAAAUCGCACCAAUGUCCAACGCAGGCUCGACAACCUCACACCCUACUGCCCAGGAGCCCAGACACGCUCUAUUCUCCCAAUCCCCCCAUUGGCAACCAAACUGAAGAUCUUCCUCGAUCACACUCCAGUUCCCAAGCCUGUCUGAACGCUUCCGUGGCCAGCUGGCGGUCUGGAGUUCAGCACAUGACCAACUUCCGCAUGCCCCGCUUGCCCGCCACCAAUGGAGGAGUUACACUGCACCAUCAUACAGCAGCCACCAGUGAGGCCACCAGUACUGGUCGGCAGAGCAAAAAACGCACCAUGGGCACUGGCUCGAGUUUGACUACUGAUAAACCAAGCGUGAAAACCAGUAGCUGGACAGAACUGCUCUCAAGGAGUUGCAGCGGAGUUUGGCAGACAGUUCACUUCAAGCGCCAGUGGAACACAGAAGGUCUGCUGAAACUAACGCUGAGGUGGUAUCAACCCCAGGCUCCUUCAUCUCACGAACUCCCCUAUCUCUCUCUUUGCCGGUUCUCAGCCCACCACGUGGGAUACACACCCGUAGACGAGCUGGACAUGCAAGCAUUGCAACUGCCAUCCAUCAGCAACAGAAGCUCCACUCAACUUAGCGACGCUGAUGUUCGGGCCAUCAGUACCCUUUGGCUUAGUGAUGCAUUGAGUGCAGAUGAUAUCUCCCAAGUUCUUAGGAGUCAGUUCCACAUUAGCGAGGAAUUUUUUAGCGACUACGGCAGCAUCAAUGCCACCCAGAAUCAACCAGAAAAGCAAGAUCCUAAGGUGACAAAAGAGACAUACAACCGCCGCAUUCAGGAAUUGAAGCGGAAGUUUGAGGAAGAUGUAAAUGUGAUUGCGAACGAAUUUUCAGGUCGGCACGUCCAUCGUUCUGCUGCUCAAAUUCGAGGCCAGAUCCUCUAUACGAUGGCAGAGGACAAAAAAACCCGGAGCCCGCAUAUUAGCAAUGCAUGGGCCCACGCCACUGCAGAUGUGGGUCGCCUGGACACGGAAUCGUUCACGGACAUGCCAUACGAUACUGCUUACAUGGAUUUGUUAAGGGAUAUCAAAGUGGGGGUUGUUACCCAGGAGGAUGUGGGCGAUCCUCAGACGCCUGAGGAUGAAUACAACCACAAGUUACUGCUGGACGCAGUCUUGGUCAGUCGCCAACAUCGUACGGCCAAGAGGCACAUAAUAUCGCCUGAGCUUAGCGCCCACCGACUAGCACUUCACGCAAAGGACCAGCUUCAAAAAAUGGCUACCCGCAUUCAUGAGACGUGCGGCAUUGAGGUCCUUAUCAUGAUGACGAAGAGCUGGGUGGAGGACGUCUUCACCCCGUAUGUGUGGGCAACACCACGUGCCAAGGAGUAUUGGGUGGUUGGGGCGGCCCAAAACAUGACUUCUUGUGCCCAGGAGAUGGAAGGCUUCUGUAUAUCAAACAUUAGAGGCAUGGCCAAGGUCGCUGAAGAGACGAUCAAGGAACUACGUACUAGACUAGCUGGCCUGACAACGGAUAGGCUUCAUUUACCAGGCAGCGCAGCGAAGGACAAAUUCGUUGGAAUGAAAUGGGAAAAGGAAGGGUAUCUUCAAUUGGUAUCUGGCUUGAAGCUCAAGAUCGAUUCAUACCCGUUUGAUGAGAUAAAAGCGCCAAAGUGGCUUAGAAAGGCGGAGUUGAUGAAACUAAUCGAAGGGUGGGAGCAUGGAUCUAUCAAGUGGGUAACAGCAUCCAACGACGAAAUCAAGAGUGCCCAACAAGAACUAUCUCGACUUGCAAGGGAGAAAGUGGAUCGUACGGUGAACCGUCGACAGAGUGCUACGAACAAGGCCAACAGCAGCACGUCCACACCAGAUAUAUCUGAAACAGUACUUUUAAGCGUGGGCCAUGGCCAAUCCGGAGUGGCGCUUAACUCCUCCCCCGCACUGCCCUCAGGAAGGGCUGCCAGCACCACAAGAGGACGAAAGCGUACAGCUACUGACCUUCAAGAUGCUCCUGAGUUCAUUGAUUGA